ACCCAGGGUUUCUAGGCUCAGGCUGGAGGGAGGGAAAUUGAACCAGCCUGGCUGUGGAGAAUGAAAGAUAGAGUGGCCAGACCUCCUCCUAACCCCAUCCCUCCUACAUGGCUGUGCAUAGGGGCUGACUCAGCCCAUCCUCAGGCCCAGAACCUUCCCUCUGUUAGACCCUGGGGCCUUUGUCCCUGUAGUCAUGAGGCCUGAGGGGGUAGGGACAGUGCUGAUAAAAGGCACCAGAGGCAGCUCCCUCACCCUCAGAGCUGCUGUCCACAUGCAGGUCGGAACGCAGGCCCUAGCCCAGGCCCUACCUUUCUCCCUCAGAGGGGCCCUGGGAGAUGCUGGGCUCCGAGUGCCUAUUGCAGAGAUGGGCACCAGGUGGCAGGGCCUGCAGAGCAUCCUGAAGGAAAUUGCCUAUGUCCUCCUCUGCUGCUGGUGUAUCAAGGAGCUGCUGGAUUAA